UACGAUGAUUGAGGUCGGUUUUGAGUUUCGUAUGCCACCGGGACGGGUUCGGCCCAUCGGCAAGCAGCAGCAGCAGCAGCAGCAGCAGCAACAGCAGCACCAGAAUCGUUCCAGGUGGCACUGGUUGCGAAAACGCGGAAAUGUUACUUUUGUUAGGCCCGCGGAAGAAAUCGAUGAUCGGAAGGAACGGUUCUAUCUGGCCAUCGCAUCCGUUCUACGCUGGGCUCGACUGUUCGGAGUGUUCCCGCUGUCCAACAUCACCACACCCAAUCCGGAUGGGUUGCGGUUUAAGCUGUUUUCAAUUUUCAUCGUUCUGAGCGUUCUGAGCAUUGUUGGUGGUUUGCUCAUCAUGACCACCGCCCUGAUCCGCCUGACCCGGGUGGGCAUAAAUGCGAUGAACAUUGCCGAACCAAUCUUCUACGCCAUUUGCACACUACUCCAUCUGCUGUUCGUUCGACUGGCGAAAGUUUGGCGCAACUUUAUGAUGUUUUGGACCCAACGGGAGGAAAUGUUCUUGGCACGUCCGUACAGGGCGAUCAAUCUGCGACGAAAGGUGGUCUGCACGGCGGCAUGUGUCAUUUUGUCCGCUCUCGUGGAACAUGUAACCUACGUGAUAAACCAGGCGUACAACGUGUAUCAGGAGAGUUUAGCCUGCCGGUACAAUGUGACGCACCCUUUGAAGCUUUACGGUUCCUUGACCUUCCGAUCGGUUUACCUAUCCGUUCCAUAUCAUCAUUUUACGACGACUUUUUUACUGUAUACGACGAUCUCGCUCACAUUUGUCUGGACGUUUGUCGAUCUCUUCAUCAUGCUGCUUGCCACCGGAAUCGCGUGCCGCUUUGAGCAGCUAAAUAAGCGUAUCGAUUCAAAUCUGAAAAACAGCUCCGAAGCGUUUUGGGGAGAAAUGAGGACACACUUUGUCGGGCUGAUGGAGUUGGUCGAGCAAACGAAUCGGAUCGUCGGCCCGAUGGUGAUCGUUUCCUGUGCCAACGAUAUGUACUUUCUAUGUCUGCAGACACUCAACUCGCUAGAGGAUAAACCGUUCGCCAUCAAUGAGUGGUACUUUCGAUACUCGUUUACCUUUCUGAUACUGCGCACCUCCAUGAAGCUGUGGUACGCGGCCGAUGUGGACGAAAAGUCCACACGAACCAACAAGCUGGUGCAAAAGAUCCACAGCGAGCAUUACAAUGAUGAGUUGGAAAUAUUGCGCAUCUGUUCCGGUGCCGGUGUGUCAAUCUCCGGGAUGGGGUUUUUCAACAUUUCACGCAAAAUAUUUCUUACCAUGGCUGGAUCUAUACUAACAUACGAGCUGGUGUUGAUACGGUUCCAUCGUUCCUCGAAAGAUGAAGGACAGGAACGGCCCUGCCCGAUCGUACUCGACGGCACACAGGAAACAUCCUACCACCAUCAGCACCAAAGAGAACACGGUCUGGAAGGAGGUCCACCGGAACUGCCAUCGGGAAGGUUUACGCUGAAGGUGGUUAACCCAAUGGCCGGCGAAACGCGUACCGAAGAGUUCAUGCGCAUGAACCCGCAGCAUACGAUUCCGACGCUGGAUGAUAAUGGCUUCUAUCUGGCCGAAUCACGUGCCAUUCUGUCGUAUCUGAUCGAUGCAUACCGUCCGGGGCAUACACUCUACCCAAACAUCCCCAAGGAAAAGGCCCUUAUCAAUCGGGUGCUGCAUCACGAUCUUGGCUCGUUCUAUCCGAAGUUUUUCGGCACUAUUGGUGCAUUGUUUUCGGGCACGGCUACGGAAAUUUCGGAAGAGAUGAAAACCAACGCCCAGAAAUCGUUGACCGAUCUGGAGAACUACCUGGUCCGGAAUGAUUACUUUGCGGGGGAAAAUCCCACCAUCGCGGACCUAUCGCUGCUACCAACGAUUGCUUCGGCUGUGCACUGUGGGCUAGAUUUGACUAACUACAAACGGUUAAAUACUUGGUACGAAAGCUGCAAAAGCUUGAAGGGCUUCCAGGAAGAUCAGGAAGCGGCCCGGCAGGUUGGCGAGUAUCUGCGCUCCAAAUUUCCGGCCGCAAACUGUAUUUACAUGGUGGUGGUGUAUCUGUCGGCCUGGCUCUUCUUUUUCAUCGCGAUCCAGUGGCACUCGGUACUGGAUGCAUUUGCUAGCUGUGAGCGGUCAUUUCUGCGCGACCACUACCGUCUGCAGACCAAGGGCACAUUCAACCUGGUGUGGAAGAUACGGUUUGCAGGGUUCGCUAUAUUUGGCCUAGCCCUGGUGGAGGAUUGGUUGAAUUACUACUCUGCGUAUCAGAGUAACAUCGUGCAGAUAGCUACCUGCAACCGGACGAAUGUGACCGUUUGGUACAAUUUCUACCUAAGAGAGCAUCCGCACGUGUUCCAUAUAGUUCCCUUUAACGGCUUUACCAUAGCGGUUACGGAGUGGAUUAAUCGUUGCAUGCGAUACACCUGGACGUAUCUGGAUAUCUUCAUCAUCUCCUUCUGCUACGGUGCACAGUUCCGGUACGAGCAGAUCUUUAGGCGACUGGCCGCCGUUCAGGGUAUAGCCUGUCCGACCAACUUUUGGCACGAGCUGCGCAUGGACUACGUAGCCGUUUCGGAGCUGGUAAACGAGCUGGACACUCGGUUUGGGCAUCUUAUUUUGCUGGCCUGUGCCAACGAUAUGUACUUUAUCGCAACGCAGCUCUUCAAUGGGUUCCAACGUCGACGGGCCAUAGCGAACUACGUGUACUUUUGGUACUCACUGUUGCUGCUAAUGUUCCGCACGAUCGUUAUGCUGUAUGUAGGAUCUGGAGUGUACGUUGCCUCCACUAGCCCGUUGCACUUGCUGCGGAACGUCCCUUCCAAACAUUGGGGCAUUGAUAUGGCCGGAACGUUGGUGACGUACGAGCUGGUGCUGCUUGACCAGGUGAAAAAAAUACCGGACUCUGCGACGGACUGCAUCGUCACACUGACGGCGCACAUUUUUUACAGCGUUAAUGAUGCCACCUUAGGAACUGCGGAAAUAAGUAAUAUUAUAUACUACGCACUGAAUAUAUCCGGAGCGGUCAUGCUGCUGGCAAUAGCUGUCCGCUGGAGAACGAUCAUGGAGAAGUGGCGCAGCUUGGAGGAAACCUUCCUACAUCCACCGUACGCUGAGCGACGGUUCUGGAGUUUGAAGCGAGUUAUCGCGGUCAUUGGCAGUACGAUGUUUGUGCUCGCUUUGGUGGAAGAUGUUUUGCACGUUGCUGCGGUGUACUACACGAACCAUCAGUACUUCAUACGCUGCCACAACAGUACACCCUUCUGGCAGCUAUUCUACGAACGUGAGCAUCCCAAGUUCUUCCAUUACGUACCGUACAGCUUGCCGGCAGUGCUGCUGCUCGAACUGACGCACAAAAUAUUCCUGUACGUGUGGACUUUUAUGGAUCUGUUCAUUAUAUUUGUCGCCCUUGGGCUGUCCCGUCGGUACGAACAGUUCUACCGUCACGCAGUUCGCUACAAGGGCCGGCAUGUGAUGGGCACUGUUUGGCUGCAGCUGCGGUUGGACUAUGAGCAGAUAAGUCGUCUGGUUGCGUACAUGGAGCGUAUAAUGGCACCGAUCGUCAUCUGCACGACCGCAUCCGAUCUGUACUUUAUUUUCUACCAGAUGUUUAACUCUUUUCAAUUAUCUGCCUCAUUCCUGGCCGAGGUGUACUUUAAAUUUUCGCUUGCAUUUCUUAUCUUUCGCACACUCGCUAUGCUGCUGUUCGCUUCCAACAUACAUGUGGCAUCGUUGCGACCGCUCGAAAUACUACGAUCAACACCGAUGAGCUGCUGGACAAUCGAUGUACAACGCUUUACGCAGGAGCUUCUGACGAGUAGAAGCUGCCUUUCGGGUUACGGAUUUUUUUUCCUAAAUCGUAGCGUUAUACUUGCGAUGGCGGGAACGUUAAUCACGUACGAGCUGGUCAUGCUGAAGGAAGUUAUCCCAUCGUCGGAGGAGAAUGAUUUUUGUGAGAAUGGAAAAGGGCUUUACUGAGCAGGGUUUCAUUAUUUGUGUGUAAUUAUAAAACUGCAAUACCGUUUGGGAUAAAUUUGCUCCAAUAAACUCGGAAAGAGUAGAUGCUUUAAAUCCUUAAUUUGAAUUGGGUUUAGCUGAUCGUUAAUUGAUUAGUAGUUGAUGGUAAAACGUUUUUAGUGAAACUUGUGAUUAUGUGUUCAAAUCAAAUAAGAUGUGUGUUAAUAAUAAAAAC